CAGCUUGCAGUUUAGGCGCAAUUUUCCAACCACAACGAACGAGACGCUGUUAGCAAUCGGGAACAAUACAAACAAUUCGGAAACCGUAAUUUACCGGUGAAAAACUAGUGGAAAAUAGUCAACUGGAAACCAAAACGAUGUCGGCCUCCACUGGCAAGGUUGUGAUCCCGGUGGAAUCCCCAGCAGAACAGGAGGAGCAUCUGAGGAACGCACGGAAGCUGCUGAAGGACGUACAGAACGUGCCAGCCAUGAACAAGGAGAACGUUGGAAAGCUGAACAAGCUUCCGAUGUAUUUGUCGCAAGCUCACAAGGAACUGGCCAAGAAAUCCCUGUUCUCAGAUGCACUGGAGUCAAUCGAGCUCAAACGGAAGAAGACGACAACGGUUCAGUCCCAGUCCAGUCAGACGUCGCCGGAGAAGAAACCCGCCACAGUAACGAAGCCGGCAAUCACCGCUGAAGACCUCACAUCGCUGGAAGGACCCAGCGAGCAGUACUGGGAAGUGUUGGCCGAAAGACGACGACUGGCCCUGGAAGAAUCUCUGGCGGAGAAUCAGGAGCUGUACGAGAAGGUCAGCUCGCUGGAAGAGGAGCUGAACCUGUCGAAGGAGAUGCUCCAGGAGGCUCGCAAUCUGGUGGAGGUGCUGACGGAGCUUCUGCAGGAGGGCGAAGCGGAAAAGGAAGAGGCGGCUGCUGCCGGUAGUAGUAAGGAGGGGGUCAAGCAGGUAGACGACAGUGGCGUCGCUCCGGAGCCCGAACUACCCAGCGACGACGAAGAUCUGUAAGUUGGAAUGUUACUUGCUCAUUACUCCUCGUUCAUAGUUUAAUACCUGCCGUCAGGCGAAAUUGACCUAGAUUUGGAUAGUAAUCUACGAUAACGUUUUCGUUUUUGCGAUACAUUUCCGCGGGUAAAAGCGAAACGAAAACGAUAAAUGUAAUAUGGAUAAAUGAACCAAGUCCAAGAAAAAGCAACUUUUAACUGUAUUGAGUUGAAAUGCAUUUCAUAAACGGACUUCAUCAAUGUUUAUAUAAUGUGGAAAUCGAGUGUUCUAAUUUAAAAGAAACCUAAUCCUCUUAAUUUAAUUUAACAAUUCAUCCUAACUAAGGAAACUUUCGAAGAACGUUUCUUCGCCUACCGUUGAAUAAUUAUUUUUUGUAGAUGUUAACAACUGUAGAAUUACGCGUUAUUGCCAUCCAUCCUGACGUCAAAACCUAUUUUUUUGUUUUCGUAUUUUGAUUGAAAUAAUAUAUGUGUGAAAG